CCACCCUCCUUGCAACCACCUCAAUUCACCUUCAUUGUCCUUUUAUUAUGGUGGUUUGACUUUUAUUGCCCCCGUAAUCCAUUACACCCAAUCCAAACGUACCCUAAAAAAGACUGCAGUGACUCAGUGAGUGUACUAGUGCUCACUCCACUUCAAGUAAGUUAAGCACAUAUUUACAGAUCUAGUGCAGUGCUGAACCCAACCGUCGGUAAAGUGAAGUAGUAAAGUACUAGUAUCAAUUUGGAAGGUCUACAAACUGAAAUUACAAGAAUGUCAUGUUGUACACCUCCGGUUGUUGUUUAUGCAAGAAUUUCAGGUGUUUUAGUUGCAGCACUUGUUCUAAUUUGGCCUCUUUUCUACAACAACAGCUUCACUCACCACUCCCCCUCUUCUCCAAACAACUUCAUCUUUUCUGUGCUUCAUCCUUUGCUUAUGGUCAUUGGAUUCAUAAUUAUAAGUGGAGAAGCGAUACUGGUUCAUAGAUGGAUGCCAGGGUCAAGGAAUAUGAAGAAAACAGUGCAUUUGGGGAUGCAAGGAGUCGCCUUGGCUUCUGGGAUUUUCGGAAUCUGGACCAAGUUUCAACCACAAAAUGGUGUUGUUGCUAAUUUCUACACCUUACAUUCUUGGAUGGGUUUCUUUUGCGUCACCCUUUUUGCCAUUCAGAGAUGCUUGGGUUUUUAUACCUAAGGUGAGUACGAUCAUAGUGAUUUUUCCGUAGGCAUGGUGGAGAAGGACUCAGUAAUCAUUGGGAAGAAUACUGAGGCCGGAGAUGUACUCAUUGGUCUUCCAUCCAGUGGAGUUCAUUCCAAUGGUUUUUUGGUUGACAGAUUGCUAAUUAGAGUAUGUUCAGAGGUUCCUUGUUGGACUUUGCAGUUUUCUUGAAGUUUUAUACAGCUUUGCCAACAAGUCCUUAGUUGACUUAGCUUCAAACACUAUGAUGUUGCUUCUGCGUUAGUGCAAGUUAUCCUGCAGUUGUUAAUGAAUUGUUGCCAGCAGUUAGAUUGGGUGCAGGUGUUGGUUAGGUUAUUGUAGGUUCUGGGGCUGUGAGCAUGUGAUACUUUGUUUAUACACCGCUAGAGGUACAAUCAGUAGAGCUUAGGCAACAAUAGGGGUCUGCUCAGGUUGACUUUUGUUGAGAUGCUGCUUGCUGAUUUCUGUUGCGAUGUGUGUUGCUGCCAUACUGCUGGUCCGGUCUAGAAGGGUUCUUUCAGCUGCUAAUGCUUCACGCUCGUACUUUCUAAUGGAGUAUUUUUUUGUCAUUCUCGUCAACUUUUGACUAGAGUUGACUUCUUUUUAUUUUGCAUUUUUUACUUGGUUUUGUUGAGCUUUAUUUUGUGCUCGGUUGUGGGCUUUACUUUUGGGUUUUGUAUACAAGUGGUUUUGUUUAAGUAUAUAAGUGAAUUUUGAAUUGAAAAUAUAAUUUUUUUAAUCUCUUAUGUAUUGUAAAUGUACUUUUAAUAAGAAAUUAAACUUUUAUUUGUGUGUA